UGUAUUGUUCAUCUACGACUGGUAAAUUUUAGAAAUGUGGCACUUUUGACGUACUGGUGUUCUUAUUCCAAAACGUUUCUGUCGAACGUCAAAAAAAUACUUUUAGGAUAGUAUAUAAAUAUAAUAUUGGUUUUAAUUGGUUGACAAAUGAAUAUAUAAAAAAUGGAGCCAGAACAGGAAUGCGAAGAUAAUGAUUUAGAUAUACUGCAUCAUUUUCCAUCCGCGGCUCCUUCAACGCCUAAUUCCAAUAUAUCUUCUCCUACAACAGGCAAUGAUGAGACGACGUUCCAUUCGCAGUUGUAUAUGCAAGCAGCACCCGAGAAUGGAGACCCGCUUUCGGGAAUUAUCGCAGGAAUGGAAUGUAAAUUAACUAAUUCUAGAAGAGGUCCUGGACGUCCUCGCAAAGAUUUACCCCAGCAAAAAUGCAUACAGAAACGCAAAACUUUUGGAGACCAAAACUCAUGCAGUGAACGCAUCGGAUUACCUAUUUCAGCUUUCUCAUCAUCUGAAAGCUCUAAUACAGGAUAUCCUGACGAGAGAAUAUUGCAAAAUAUUGACGAGCUUUCCAAUAAUGAUAACUAUCCCGGCAAAGUAUGUUGUUUAUGUAACUUAGAUGAAAAAAGUGCCUUGGGCCAAGGAGAUUUUUUAAGAUGGGAAACUGACCCCGAUAAUUGGGAAAAAGCCAUACAAUAUUAUAAUGAUCUUAAGUCGUGUAGAACUGAUGACAGCGUAAAAAGUACUACUGCAGAUCAAGUACCUUUUCGGCGACAAAAGAGCCAUUUUAAAGGAAAAAAUUCUCAGUUUGACUACUUCAAUGAAUUAGACCGAGUAGGACAUCCCGAAAUUGUCUCCAUUCGCACAUUUUUAGAUGGUUCUUACAUAUAUUUGCAUCGCAUGUGUAUUAUGUGGUCGCAGGGAGUAAGUGGGAAAGCCAGUGAAUUGAAAUCAAGCAUAGAGUUGAUAAUUGCUAAGAGUCUGACACAGAAAUGUUCAUUUUGUGGGCAGUAUGGUGCAAGUGUUACAUGUAAAAUGAGUUGCACAAAGGCAUUCCAUUUACCAUGCGCUGCAGCUUCUGGCGGCUUUCAAAUCAUGGAAAAUUUCACAGUUUUUUGUUUAGAUCAUGUUGAGCAAAUUAAGGUUAUAUGUCCGGGUUCUAACAUAUCCUGCCACAACUGCUCCACCAUGGAUGAUCUUGCGAAAAUGAUCAUGUGCGCGACAUGUGGGGAACAUUUUCACACUAAUUGUGUUGGUCUAAUAAAUACUCCAGAAACUCGAGCUGGUUGGAACUGUUCAAAUUGUAGCAAAUGCCAAAUAUGCAGAGAGGGUGAUGGAUCCGAAGGUCGUUUUAUCAAAUGUGAACAAUGUCAACGCUUAUACCACACUACCUGUUUGCGCCCUAUGAUUUCAUCGUUGCCAAAAUACGGAUGGAAAUGCAAUCGAUGUCGAGUUUGUACUGACUGUGGUUCUAGAACACCUGGCGGUGGAGCGUCUUCUCGAUGGCAUUGUCAUUACACGAUAUGUGACUCUUGCUAUCAGCAACGUAAUAAAGGCUUUUCUUGUCCCAUUUGUCAUAAAGCUUACCGAGCUUCUGCCCACAAAGAAAUGGUCAAAUGCAACCUUUGCCAUAGGUUUGUCCACAGUACUUGUGACGAUGAUGCUGACUUGAUGAAUUAUCACAAGAAAAAGGAAAGUAACCCUGAUUAUGAUUAUAAUUGCCCGCAAUGUAAAUUAUUGCCCCCUGGCGAAAAAAAUACAGUAAGUCAAAAUAAUCCAAGUCGGUCAGUAGAAGCAAUAGCAAUUUCCCAAGGUAUUGAUGACAAUUUCAUUCGAGAAAUGGAUAUGGAAAACUUCCAAAAAGAUUGUGGGAGUGAAUUUAGUGGAAUCGAAUCUCAGUCAUCAAAAAUUUUCAGGAAAAAGAUAUUAUUGCGUGGUCGAGGAGGUGGAAAAUUAUUGAGUCAAAAAAAUAGCAUUUUUACACAUCUCGGACGAAAACGUAAUACGGUGCGUGGUAAAGGCCGUCAGCUUUUAUUGAAUAAUAUCAGUUUAACUUCAAACGUUGAUAGAAUGUUAAGUGGAAGUAGAUCGUCGGAGGACAGCUUAUCAAUGGAAAGGAAAAUAUUGUUGUGCUCUGCUAAAGACAAAUUUUUAUUGUCCCAAGAUAUAUGUGUAAUGUGUGGAUCUGCUGGAAUCAACAAAGAAAGCAAGCUUAUUGCUUGUGCGCAAUGUGGCCAAUGCUACCAUCCAUUUUGUGUAAAUACAAAAAUGUCAAAUAUUAUUUUGGAAAGAGGCUGGCGGUGUUUAGAUUGUACUGUGUGCGAAAGUUGUGGUCAAAGAAAUGACGAGGCUCGACUGAUCCUAUGUGAUGAAUGCGAUCUAUCGUAUCAUAUAUACUGUAUUAGCCCUCCACUAGAGACAGUACCACAUGGAAACUGGAAAUGUAAGUGGUGUGCGGCAUGCCAGAAAUGUGGUCGAUAUUCUCCAGGAGUCAAUCAGCAGAUUCGCAGUGCAGUAAAUAAUGGUUUAAUUGAAUGCAAGCAAUGCUCGAGCCAAGAAAAGUGUUCAUUUUGCUCUCAAAGAUAUAAAGAAGGUGAACUUAUUAUUCAAUGUAAAAAUUGUGAGCGUUGGCUUCAUUGCCGUUGUGAUUCUAUUAAUAAUGAGGAGGAAGCACAGGUAUGUGAUAACGUCGACUAUCAUUGCAUUUUGUGUCGACCUAAAGAGAAAUCGUUGGCACAAUUUUUAUCUUCGAAAACUUCGGUAACCACUAAAAUAAAUACAAUAUCAAUCGAUAAAUGCAACUUGCAAAAUAAUGAAAUAGAAGCAACGUUUUGGGUAGAUGGUGUAAGCAUGAGUGAAAGAGGUGCAAACAUGAUUAAGGCAUUGUCCACAGAUAUUAAGAAAAAACGUAAAAUGAGAACCCCAAAUGACUCACAAACUAAAGAGUCUGGAAUACUAGCAGCCAUCGAGUCUGUUGUUGCUGGAUCAAAUGCCCAUCUUCCCAUGGAAGAAGGUGCUGAGGCGGAGGCACUGAAAAAGAAGGAUUUGGAUCAAUAUAAGGACGGAAUGGUUUGGCUGGGUGGGGACAAUAGUCCCCCUGAAGGAUUUUCUAUUUCUACGAAUGAUGAAGGUGUCGCAAUUUUACGAAAAAAGCGUCAACGGAAUUUGCAGAAAAUAGGUAUCGGUGGAUUUAGUGUACGUAACCGUGCGUUUAAAAAGGAUGAUUCGGCGCAAACUUCUAACAAUUGUACCUUUUCGGAAUCAGAAAAGAAAAAGAAAGCAGUUCGGAAAAAAGUUAAAAGUCGUUUAAGCGAAGCCUAUCCGGUAUAUUUGCAAGAGGCAUUCUUCGGAAAAUCUUUACUUGAAAUUAAAUCUAAAAAUGAAUUUCCUAUGGACGACUCGUAUAUAUCGGAUGAUUUAGUUGACCUAAACGAUGCCUUAUUUCACGACGAGCUACCUACUUCAUUGCCCAAAACUCCAGCAUCAUUGCCUGCCAAUAAACGAAAUGUGGAAAACACCCUGAACGCUUUUCUUAAUGACUCUUUGGAUGUCAUUACAAAAUGUAAUAAGGAUUUAGACAUGGCUGCAAGUAUUGUGAAUGAUAUUAAAUCUAGCUCCCUUAAUACCAUUAAAAUAAAAGAAAUUUCAAAUAGCGACAUUUUAACGCCAUCUUCAUGUAAAGAAACAAAUAUGGCUAAUAUACAAGCUAUUGGGAAAGUAAGAUCAGCUACAUUCGUGACAGAUAUACCUAGUGAAUCGUGUGUGUCUACUACUCCCGCCCCUACAUGUAAAGGUCAACUACUCACUGCUCACGACGACUUCGGAAUGAAAAGUAUAUUUUCUGAGUCAAAACACGGAGCUGAAUUUAGAACUGUUCUUGCCAAGCAAUUGGAGGAUGUUAAUUUACUGACAAAUAAUUUAAACGACAAUAAGGCGAGUGUGCCAUUUAUACCCCAGCAAUCAGAGCCGAAGCAAACCAAGGAGGCAUCGCCCCAAAUACAGGUAGUUCCGAUGCAUGUUCAGAUUCAAAAUUCGACGCGUGUGAUGGACAGUCCUAUUCCUGAAAACGCGGCCGCUCCACAUGGUCAGUUUGUAAAUCAGCUACCGAAAUCGCAAUUUAAGCCAACUGCUCCUCAAUUAGACUCAGCUGGCACUCAAAAGACAGCUGAAAAGAUGCGGCGAGAUGAAGAUUUGGGAGAAAUGGCAACAAUAUCAGCAGUUCUUUACGCAAAUACUCAGCAUCCUGAACUGAAGCAGAUGUACCCAAAUUGGAAUGAUCGUUGUAAGCAGAUUCUUAAAAGGUGGCGCUCCCUUUCUAAUGAGAAAAAAGCUCCAUUCUUGCAACAAGCAAAAGAUAAUCGAUCUGCUCUCAGAAUGCGGCGUUCGCAACAGGAUCAAGAACGUAUAUGUUUUAAUCAAAAGUCAUUAAAGGAACAAGAACAAGAACGUAUCUGGAAACAACAUCAGGCGAAAGCUAAGGAAGCACAAAACAGCCUGACGUUUAGUCAAAGAGGACCCUCAUUUGAUUUGAAUGGAUCAUCUGAAGUGAAUUCAAUUGAUAAAAGUACGAUUGUAUGUAACGAAGAUGUUUUGCAAAAGGUUGCACAACAACAAUUUCUUCCGAAAGAAAAGCAUGAUAACCAGCCUGAAAACAAACAUUUAAGAACACUACUUUUAAAGGAGCACCAAAUAAGAACAACGACUUCAGAUCCUUGGAUAUCAAACUCAGUCCCCAUAAAUUCACCAAAUAAUUUGUACCAGCAUUCUUUAUCGGGCGAUUUUCUGUCUAACUCAAAUAAGUUAAAUCCAUUUGCAAGUAUGGAAAGUAAAAAUGGACUUAAUGAAGAAUCCAAAAUUACUCAGCCUCUUGAUGUCGUUCAAAUAGAGCAAAUAAGCGGCAACGAAAAUAGGCAGAUUUUUAGAAGCCGAAAAGAUGUAAAAGCAACAGAUAGUGGGGACUCUGAGCUUGAAAAAUUGGACUCUGACGAAAAUGGUGCAUUUGGAGACAUUUUUGGCGGUUUGGGUGACGGAAACGAUGAUGAUCUCUUAAAAUCCUUAACGGCUGAAGACGACUUUAACAUACUUGAAUAUGCGGAUCCAGCUUUAGAUGAAUUAACUUCAAAUCCAAACUUAUUGAACAAGUUAGACUUUGAAUAAGCUCCUUAUAAAGUAGUGAAUUUACACACUAUCUAAAUAUAUUUUUAAAUGAAUUGUGAUUAUUGUGAAAUAAAAAUGUAUAUCUACGGGGAUUUAAUAUUUUUUAGAAGAACGUGUGUACAAAUUAUAAAAAAAAAGUAGUACAUCAGUUAUUUGUCCCAGUUUAAGAAUUAAAUUAAAUUAUUGUCUUAAUAGCA